AUGAGUCGAAUGGAGGACUCGAGUCGCGGCUCACGGUCCCGCGGCUUAACAGGAGCCUCUUCUGAUUGGUCGUCUACAGAGACCCAGUCGGCCUCACGGGGCCCAGGAACCCCCACCGCUGUCACUCCGGGAGUGGGGGCUCGCGGGUCAGUGCAGAUGCAUAGACAGGCAUCUACCGUCGACGAUGGGCCCAAUUCGUCACAGGCCCAACCCGAGACAACGCAUGAGCUCCACUUCAAGAUAAUGCUAUUGGGCGAUAGCGGAGUCGGUAAAACAUGCCUACUUACACAAUUUCGAGACGGUCGUUUUCUAUCUGGAAAUCACAUUAGUACUGUUGGAAUUGAUUUCAGGAAUAAAGUGGUUAACGUGGCAUUACUUUUGCUCUAUGACGUGACGAACAAGACCAGCUACGAUAACAUCAGAGCCUGGCUUGGCGAGAUCCGGGAGUACGCUCAGAAUGACGUUGUUAUAAUGCUCCUCGGUAAUAAGUCAGAUUGCGGUAAUGAACGUGUAAUCAAGAUUGAGGAUGGCAAGCGGCUGGCAGACGAGUAUCAAGUUCCAUUCAUGGAAACUUCUGCCAAGACUGGCCUCAAUGUCGAGCUGGCUUUUCUUGCUAUCGCUAAGCAAUUAAAAGCCCGCAAAAGCGGUAAUCCAGACGACAGUAAAUUCAAUGUACGUGAUUAUGUACGACAAGAAUCGCAACAAAAAAAAAGUACCUGCUUCAGUUCAAAUUGCCAGACGACCUGA